UGUGUUAGUGAAAUGAUUGUGCUAAUAUUGAUUUGGACGGUAUGUCUGUUAAGUGUAUAUUGGCUUUGGAGUCAACGUUCACGAGAUACGGAAAAUGAGCCACCCAUGUGCCCGGGAGCAUUGCCCGUGAUUGGACAUGCUCAUCGGCUUAUUGGAGACAGCAACUAUUUAUGGCACUCUAUGGUAGAUUUGGCAAACAAAAGUUAUGCAACUGGAGGAGUUGUGUCUGCUGCCAUUGGUCCAAGGACGAUUUAUGUUGUAACUGAUCCGGACGAUUUUUUUACGGUGGCCAACAAUUGUUUGCAAAAAGAUGGAUUCUAUGACUUUGCCAAACCAUGGCUCGGUGAAGGAUUGGUUACGGGUACAUUAUCAAUUUGGAGAAAUCAUCGUAAACUAUUAAACCCAGCCUUCAGUAAUACGGUCUUGGACGGGUUCAUUGAAGUAUUUAACAGUCAAUCGAGACGGUUGGUGAAAGAUUUGUCGGUUGAAGUGGGGAAAGGAGCAUUCGACCAUUGGACAUAUACACGACAUAACGCUUUGGAGACUAUAUGUUUGACAGCGUUGGGAGUAGACUUCACGGACCAUAAUCUCCUCAACAGCCAAUAUGUGGUGGCUGCCGAACAAAUCUUCAACACUAUGGUGGAUAGGUUCCAGAAGUUCUGGUUGCAUAGUCCCCUAACAUUCCGCUUUAGCGGUGUCAAGAAAAAACAAGACGAGUGCUUGAAAAUUUUACACAACAUGUCAAACACGGUAUUACAAAGAAGAAAGUCUGAAUUCGUUGGUAAUGUAUUGCCUGAAAGAAAAACUGGAGGUUCAACACGUAGUAAAUUUAAGGCGUUCAUGGAUUUGCUGUUGGAAUUGUCCAUAGAAAAAGGCGUGUUUAAUGACAGGGAGAUUAGAGAACACGUGGACACUAUGAUUGUAGGAGGGCACGACACGUCUGCAAACGUUCUGAUGUUCACUUUGAUAUUACUGGGAUCCCAUCCUGAGGCGCAGGAUCGAGUUUUCGAAGAAUUGCAAGAUGUUUUCGGUGAUUCAGACAGGAAUGUUGAUAAACACGAUAUAUCACAACUCGUGUACUUGGAGGCGGUGCUCAAGGAAAGUAUGCGAAUACACACAAUUGUACCGAUAGUGGCGAGGCGAUUGGACAAGAAUGUACAAUUAAAGAAUUACACACUAGCGGCUGGGAGAACGUGUUUCCUGUUUCUGUUUGGUCUGCACCGACAUCCUAUGUGGGGUGAAACUGUGGAUGAAUUCAGACCAGAGCGAUGGCUGGACCCCACCUCGUUACCUGACAACCCUAACGCCUUUGCUGGGUUCAGUAUGGGCAGACGGAUGUGCAUUGGUAAAACAUACGCCCUCAUGUCAAUGAAGAUAACCCUGGCUCAUCUUUUGCGACACUACAAAGUAUUUGCGGAUCACACUAAGCUCGAACUAAAACUGGACGUCAUGCUGAAACCCUCGGCAGGACACAGCAUCAGUAUCGAGCGACUUGUUACUGAUCCGGAUGAUGCGUCAAUAGUUCUAAAUCGUUGUUUAGAUAAGUUAUUCUGCAAUGUUCACCACAAUGCUACGUCUGCAUACAGAUUUUUUUUUACAGUAGCAGUAUGGAAACGUAAUAGACGUAUAGUGGAUUACGCUUUCAAACCAAAAGUUAUAAACGGCUAUGUAGAUAUCUUCAACCGCCACUCUAAACGGCUGGCCGACUCAAUGGAGGCAAAUGUUGGAAAUUAUGAAGAUUUUAGUCAAUUAUUAAUAAUUAAAGUUUUGGAAGUUUCAUGUGAAACAGCAUUGGGGGUGAACAGCGAUGAUAAAUUAUUUAUGGUUGAUGAUGAAUACGCCGCGGCAAUACACAAAGUGUUGGAUAUUCUAACUUUGAGAUGUGCAAACCUAUGGACAAUUCCAGACAUUAUGUUUUAUUUCAGUUCGCUUAGACAGCAGCAAAAUAAAGCAUUAAAAAUAAUUUCAGAGAAGAUGCGAAAAGUGAUAAAAAAGAAAAAAACGGAAUACUUGGAAAGUAUAUCGUUAAAACAGGAAAAUGUUGAAACUGAAUCGGAAAAAUUCCAAAGUGCGUUAAAUAUAAUACUAGAAAAAAGUAUGGUUAACGGUGUUCGUUUGUUUACUGAUGAACAACUUAGGCAAUUGGUAGACAAUUUACUGCUGGCCACUUUCGACACGUCAAGUUUCGAGUUGCUGUACACACUAAUAUGUAUUGGAACGCAUUCGGAAAUUCAGGAAAAAGUGUACAACGAAAUAAAAAACGUUGUUGGAGAUAGUGACAACGUGACUAAGGAUCAUUUGUCGCAGCUGUCAUAUUUAGAAGCUGUAAUCAAGGAGAGUAUUCGUCUGUUUCCAAUAGCUCCGGUGAUUGGUAGACAAACUGAUCAUGAAGUUCAAUUAAAAAACACAACUAUACCACCUGGCGGCCGUUUUGUGGUCCAUAUUUGGGAGAUAAACAGAAACACCAAAUUAUGGGGUGUGAACGCGGAACAGUUUCGACCUGAGCGUUGGUUGAACCCUGACUUGACUGAGCAUCCAGCCGCUUUUGCCAGCUUUGCUCCUGGGAAGCGAAACUGCCCUGGAAAAUUGUACGCUAUGCUGUACCUAAAGACGAGUCUAGUUCACAUUCUGCGUAGAUUUCACGUCACAGCCGAUUAUAAAGAUCUGAAGUUAGUCUUCAGCGUUAUGGCGAAACCUAAAUCUGGACAUCUGAUUAAACUUGUUUUUAGAAAUAAAUAAAAGAUUUUUGAGAGAGUGAAUAGUAUUGUUUAAUUAGAAAUGUAUUUUUUAUUCUAAAUUUGUAUUUUAAUCACUACUUUAAGUCAUUAAAAAUAGUACUAAAAAAAAGUAUUCACAGAACUCUUUUUUCUUACACGGAUUUUUUAU